CUUAUCCACACUCCCACCACAGACCAUUUUCAUAUCCAUCAGUCUCACCCACAAACUUAUAUCUCUUACAAUUUUCUUGUAUAUAAAAUUCCACCAACGAAUCAAAAUCAUUCCUAAACACCAUUGAUCUAAUAUGGCCACAAUGAACUCCAGUGUAUUGGCCUGUAACUACGCAGUCUCCGGUGGUCUUGCUUCCCCGGACUUCAACUCAAAGCCUUCCUCCGCCGCACCUGCAGCCGUCAGUUACAAGUUGCCGGUCAUCAGGGCUAAGCAGACUGUGAGUUCAUCGUCUGAUUCCAUCGAUCAGUCGCAGCAGGGAAGAAGAGCCGCUCUACUUUGUCUGGGAGCUGCACUCUUCGCCAGUGCCACCUCCUCCGCCAAUGCCGGCGUCAUUGACGAUUAUCUUGAGAAGUCUAAAGCUAACAAGGAAUUGAAUGACCAAAAGAGGUUGGCAACAAGUGGUGCAAACUUUGCAAGAGCAUACACAGUUCAGUUUGGAACAUGCACCUUCCCCUACAACUUCACAGGCUGCCAAGAUCUUGCAAAGACAAAGAAAGUGCCAUUCUUAUCGGAAGAUCUAGAGUUGGAGUGCAAAGGGAAGGACAAAUUCAAGUGUGGUUCCAAUGUGUUCUGGAAAUGGUGAUGAGUCUUUUAUGUAAUCCUUGUUUGUAUUUAUGUGUGAAGAACUUCACUCUUUUGCUAUAUCUAUAUCACUUUCUCCCAUUCUUUUCCUUUCAGUAAUCAGUAUUCUUGACUAUUGUAUAUAAUGUGAAUUUGGAUGGCAUCAUAUCAUACAUACUUAUAAAGCUAGCACUUUUCCUUGAACCUCAUUCAUUUGAAACCCCCAUAAAAAUUUGCAAACACCUCAUGCAUUUGAAACCUUCUAUUUUAAUGAAUACCACUCAAAAGUCUCUUAAUAAUGAUUAACAAUUCAAAGGUUUUAUAACUUAUAUAAUAUAUUUAAUAAACAAUUAAUUGAUACUCUACUAUAAAAAGGUCAAUCUUUUUUAGUAGACACACAAACACAAAUCACAUACAAAAUUCACAAAGAAAACAAGUUUAAAGUUUUUUGUGUUGGUUUGAGUGAUUUGAAUAAUUUUUCGAGCC